AUGCUCGCCCUCUUCCUAGCGCGCCUGGAGACCCCAAACCGCGCAAUGGCAGGCAGCGUGCUCGCCAUCGCCGCCGGCACCGCCCUGGCCGCGUACGGCGAGGUUGCCUUCAACGCGGUCGGCGUGACCAUCAUGUUCAUAUCCGCGGUCGCUGAGUCAGCGCGGCUGGUCAUGACGCAGUACCUCCUUGUCGGCCUCAAGAUGGGGCCGUUCGAGGGCGUGAUGUACCUCGGCCCCGCGUGCUUCGUGUGGCUGGCGAUCGGCGGCGCCGCGAUGGAGUGGCGGGAAAUCGCGGCGCGCCGCGCGCUGCGCAUCGCGUUCGACCACUGGGGCCUCUUCCUUGCGGCGGCGUGCAUGGGGUUCGUGAUCAACGUGCUCGCAUUUGCGACCAUCAAGCUGGCGAGCAGCCUGACGCUCAAGGUUCUGGGGACGGUCAAGAACGCGCUGCUGAUCGUGGCAGCCAUGGCGAUGUACGGCGAGGUUGUCACGGGGCUGCAGGCGUGGGGCUACCUGCUGUCGACGGCCGCUUUUGUGAUGUACACGGCGAUAAAGAUGAAGCAGAUCGCGGCGGGCUGA